AUGUUUAUGUUUAUGUUUGUAACCCAAAUUUUGAAAACAAAAAUAUAAUAUUUUGGAAUUAUUUGAGUGAUGAGUGCGCGGAUUGUUGAGUAAAGUGAUUGAUUUUCAUAUAAGGAUCUUUACUAUUCGAUUGAAAAUCUGGUUCAUAAUAUUUUGGGUUCACAGAUCCUAAAGUUCUAAAAUGGAAGAUUUCAAUGGUGAUGAUAUUUUGAAAGUUUUUAGCGAAUUGGAUGUAAAAUUACUCAACUUGCAUCCAAAUGUUAUAAGAGGCUGGUUUGAUACUGAUGACGAAAACAUGAAGAACCUCUUGAGUUGGAUGUGCUUGUCUUUAUCCAAGGAAAAUUAUUUAUCACCCUUAGAAACUUCUGAAUUCACACAUAUUCAAUUGCCUUUUUCUAUGAGUGAUCUAGAGCAAGAAAAAUAUGAAAUUGAACAGACUAAGUUUCCUGGAAUCUUUGAUGUAGAUUCAAACAUGCUUGAAAUUGCAUUUCUUGAAGAUGAAAUCAAUAUAUUAAUUCAAGAAGAUAAACAAUUGGAAGAACUAAACAGAAUUAAUAGAAAGCAAGAAAAAGAUCUGCUUGAAAUAAUGGAUAAAAAGAUCUCACUGGAAAUCAAGACAUCCCUACAAUUGAAAUCUGCACAAGAGAAUUGUCUUGAUCAAGGAGAAAAAUUGGAUAAGUUAAAUAAAAAAAUCCAUGAAAGGUUAUUGAAGUAUGGACAAAAUUUGCAUGAUUUUGAAUUUAGUCCUUCUCCUAAUUUCAUCAACAAUAUGGACAUCACAGUAAAUUAUGAACACAUGGAUAACACAACAAAUUUACUGAUGCCACAUUUAGAAGAUUCUGUAGUUCCAACAAACAACACAGGCACUCUGAACAUAACUCAUCUUAAUGUGACCAAUAUAAAUGAAACAAUUGCCAAUGAUUUCUGUAAUCUUAGGCACAGGAUUCUGCAUAGUCAUAAAAGGUACUUGGUAACCAAAAUAGAAGUUGAUAAAUUGAAGGAAAUGUUGAAUUUCUUAGAUGCGGUAACAGUUGAAACACUGUUCUCUGUGGAUAGUUUGUAUUUGGAACACAAUAUUGAAGCAAAAGAAGAAAGCAAGAAGAGAAUGUGUACCAUGCUGGACGAUAUUGCUACUAAAUUUGCGGAUCAACAAAUUUUCUUGACGCAGAUGAAAUAUGUUGAGCAGGAAAUCGAAACUCAUGAAAAAAGACUCAAUCGACUCUCCGAAAUCGAUGAUGCAAUUCUCAAACUUCUUUCCCAUUAUCUGGUGCUGAAAAUUUUAUACACUGGUGAAAAGAAACAAAUCGAUGGGUCCUACUCCUUUUUUAGAAAAGUUAUACACUAUAUUAGCAAGGAUUUGGAAAAUUGCAAAUCAAGAACAGUUAAAAUGCAUAAUAUUAUUCGAGACUAUGAAAAAUCUACACCAGAAGAUAGGUUCAAGCUGACAAAAUAUGUAAUCAAGAUGCUUGCCGCCAAUGAGGAAAAUUUUACGAUAGCCAGGGCAUUUGAAAUCUUUGCAGAUUUCAAAAGAGAAAUUGGCGUUUUAGAAAACAACCUUUUCUCUUUCAGAUUUUCUGAUCAUUGUUCUCUAGAGGAGAAAUGGAGAAAGUCAAUGGGUGUUCUUCAAAAAAUGUUGAUAAGCGGCCCAACUCACCGCAUAGUACUUAUUGCCCCAGAGCUACAAUCCGUCAUGCGAAAAUUAGAAGAAGUAUUCAGGCAGCAACAAUCUUCUGUGAAAUCUGCUGUUGAAAUAUCUAGUGGAAUGAAAAAAAUCCCCAAUAAAUGGCAAAACUAUCGACGACAGCUGUGGAUGUACUUUAUGGCCGAUUCACAAAAGUUGAAAUUCAUCUUGCAGCAAAUCCAAGAACAUUUUUCCAAUUCCAAGCUUGGAAAAACUUGAGGUUGUGAAUGUUUUCUCACUGGUAAUUCAUUUUGUGAUAUACUUUUCAAAAUAUUGUUCAUAUUUUUGUACUUUUAAGAUGUACUUUAAAUAAUAUAAGUUCAAGUAC